UGACGUCAGUGAUCAUAAACAAACAAGAAGAAAAUAUGAAUUUUGAGAUCGAGCAGGGUUCAUUUAAAGAAAUCAAAAGUAGAUGGGAGCAAAAAGGGGAGAAUAAUUCAUACGGCAAUAAUUCGCCGUCCGCAACUAAAAUCGAAACGAGAGAGCAAAAACUCAAACGUUGGGCAGAAUCGGAGAGAAGAUAUUGGGAAAUGCAAAAGGCUAAUAAAGAACAAAAAUAUCAAGAUCAAAUAACUAUGGCGGAACGAAAGAAAACGAUAAAAAAAGGGGUUGCCCGAAAGGCUGAUGAUGCUUCUGACAAAAAAGAAAAUUUACGUGAAAACGAAAGGCAACAGGAGAAACUAACACGAUGGGCAGCAUCGGAGCAGAGAUAUUGGGAGGAACGAAAAGCUGCUCAAGAGCAGCGAUAUCGGGAAAGAAGAUUUCUAGAAGAACUUCGGAGAGGUGAAGAAAAUGAAACAGAUGAUAUUACAGAAAUACAAAAAGCUAUAGAAUAUGACGUCGUACCGGAGACCAAUGAGGUCAAUGAUCAGACGGAAAAUAAAAUACUAGAUAAAAACGAAAAUCAACAGGACAAAAUUAAACGAUGGGCAGCGUCGGAGCAGAGAUAUUGGGAGGAACGAAGAGCUGCUCAAGAACAGCGAUAUCAAGAAAAAAGAUAUAAAGCAGAACUCCAAAGAGCCGAAGAAGAGCAGCAGUAUCAAGCUAGAUAUCAAGAAGAGCUUCGAAAAGCCGAAGAAGAGCAGCGAGUUCGAGACCAAAUACGUCAAGAAGAGCUUCGAAAAGCUGAAGAAGAGCAGCGAGUUCGAGAACAAAGACGUCAAGAAGAGCUUCAAAAAGCUGAAGAAGAGAAGCGCUAUCAGGAAGCAAUACGUUUAGAAAAGCUUCGAAAAGCAGAAGAAGAGAAGCGCUAUCAGGAAGAAAUACGUCUGAAAGAACUUCGAAGAUCUGAACAGGAGAAGCGAUAUCUGGAAAAUAGACGCCGAGAAGAUCGUCAAAAAGCAGAACAAAAGCAGCGAAAUCAAAAAAGAAGGAAUCCUGGAAAUUAUAUCCAGAAACAAAAAGUUCAAACAAACAUAAAUGGAAAUAUUGACUUAGGGAACGUAGUCAAUGCUUUCCGUGACAAUGAAGAAAAUUACGCAUCACAGAAUGGAUUUUCAGAAAUGAAUACGCAUGGUGAAAUUGCCGUUGGUGCCACUGGUGCCAUGAAUACGUACAGGGAAAUUGGAGUUGGCGCCACUGCUGCCACGGAAACGUACAGGGAAAUUGCCGUUGGCGUCACUGCUACCACGGAAACGUACAGGAAUAUUGCCGUUGAAGUCACUGCUGCCACGGAUACGUACAGGGAAAUUGCCGUUGGCGUCACUGCUGCCACAGAAACGUAUAAUGAAAUUGCCGUCGGCGUCACUGGUGCCACGGAAACGUAUAGUGCCAUGGAAGCUGUGGGAUGCGUGGUAUCUUGAAGUAAUCAUAAACAGACCUGAGCUGAAAGCACGAACUUUUUGUAAAUUGGACUUAGACCUACCUAGGAACACGAGUUCCCUUUAAUUCGAUUAGUCCAGAGAUUACCCCAGGAGUCAACGAACAAAAACAAAGCCACCGACCUGUAAAUUGUUGUAGUGCAACGACACGCAGGAUUGAAUAUAGUAGGAUCGAUCAAAAUCUAACAAUUUGUAUACAAUAAAGUGACGUUCAUUAUAUCUUCAGUGGCAGUGGCAGUUUUCAGUUCAGUUCCUACGUGUUACAAUUAACAAUAAACUGUAUUUGUAAGAUUUGAAGCAAUACAUCUUCGUAAUUCCCGUACUUAAUUGAAUACACACGGAUAGAGUCGUUUGAAUUACUUAUCACUCCAUUCCGUUGAAAAUUGACCAUCUUACAUUAGUUUACAAAUUAUUUCAUAUCAUGCCAAUCUUUUUGAUGUAUUUGUUGCAAUGCUUAGCAUUUAACAAGAUCUUGAUUUGAUUUUGUUAUUCAAUGGCAAUACAUUAUUUCUAUUAAAUAUUAAAUAAGCAAUGUAAUUGUCAUUUGUA